UUUCGUACUACUACUUGUAGCAGUGAAGUCGAAGUAAUACAAUAGGAAUGUGAAUUAUUUAAUAUUACAUUACUUGACGAAUAUAUCAAGUCAUAAAUCCAAUUAAUUGAGAUUUAUAAUAUUCUUCUGUAUUUUUAAAGAGGAGGUAUAAUUUUAGAGUGUAGUAAUGAUGGGCUAUCAUAGUAGUACUCGUAAUACUAGUGUAGGCCUACUGCUGUUGAACUGUGCCCUCAUUGAUUUUGGGCUUCAAUGGAUCGUGUGUAUCUGUUCGAUACUUUUGAAAACUGAAAAAUUUUAUGACCUAACUGGUUCUACAACCUUUAUAUUAUUAGCCUAUCUCUGUUACCAAUGGGGCAGUACAUACAGCUUACGUCAGAAAGUUCAAACUGCAAUGGUAAUGACAUGGGGGUUAAGAUUGGGGCUGUAUCUUUUUACCCGAAUUAUGAAAGAAGGUAAAGAUCGACGUUUUGACAAAGCUCGAGAGAAACCAGCUCUUAUGUUCCUUUUCUGGACAAUGCAAGGAGUUUGGGUUUUCAUUACACUUCUUCCAACAUUUAUACUGAAUUUUAGUGAAAAAGACCGCCCAAUAAGUAAUCGAGACUACGUUGGUUGGAGUCUCUGGAUUUUAGGAUUUUUUACAGAAGUGCUUGCUGAUUACCAAAAAGCUCAGUUUCGGAAUAACCCAAGUAACAAGGGUAGGUUCAUUAAUAUAGGAUUGUGGAGAUUUUCACGUCACCCAAAUUAUCUUGGAGAGAUCAUGUUAUGGUUUGGCUUGUAUAUCUCUGCCAGUUCUGUGAUGAAAGGUUACCAGUUCCUGACAGUCUUGUGCCCUAUAUUUGACAUGUUCUUGAUAACACGAGUUAGUGGAAUCCCACUUCUGGAGCAAUAUGGAAUGAAAAUAUGGGGUCAUGAUCCAUCUUAUCAAGAUUAUGUUCGUCAUACAGCUAUCUUAAUACCAUUUAUAUGGUGAUGUGAUGAUGCAUUAAGAUGACAUUGCAGGAAACGGCAGUGCUUGCAAUUUGUUUUGGUGUAUUGUACAUCAGUGGUUCCUAACUGCCAGUCCAAAGGAAGUGAAUUGUUUUACAAUGCAAUACGAAACUACUUUAACUAGUUAAUAUUGUAUGGUACGUGAAAGUUUGGUGUCAGGACUAGCUGGUCCUCUGUUGGAAUAAAGGUUGGGAACCACUGCUGUAUGUCAUACUUGUUCAUUUAUGGUUAUAAAAAUUGUUUCUUCAAUUCUGAUUAAAUGCUAGUAUUGCAUUAGUUGUAAAAAUUUACCAAAAAAUUAUAUUUUUUAAUCAUAUAAUUGAAUUUUUAAUUAAAAAUAUUGUAAUGCUCCUGGAUUAUUAACUUGUGUAAUUUGAUACUGAAUUAAUUAAAUGAUGUAAUGCUCAGACUAGUUUCAGAUGUUUGACAUAGUCUAUAGUUUUUGUUAAAAAUGUUGUAGUUACAGGUGUUUAUAACUAGCAGUAUGUUGUUGUGCAUUUUAUCAACAGCAUAUUAUAAAGAAGUAAAUUUUUUUGUACAAACCAUUCAUAUGUGUG